AUGGAGUCUUCCACUAGCAAAGCUUUGGUCCGGGUCAAGAGGGAGCUGGUGCCCAUUGAACCGAAGCCUCCGAUCCUUGGGUCACAUGAGCCUCAAGAUGGCCCAAGCACGACGGAGAAAAAGCCUGAACCCAAAGACUUCAAGGACAUGACUCGCGAGGAGAAGCUGCUGGCGAUUGUGCGCCACAGCGUUCAGCCCUUCUCAGACCGCCUGGACCCCUUCGCUGCUUUGCCGGUGAAUCUGGACCGCUUCCAGGAGCACCUCAUCAGCUUCUACCUGCUCUAUUACCCCAAAGCCACGUAUGGAUUCAGUCCACGGCUUCGUCCCCAUCCGGUUGCCAGCAACUUCUCCAUCGCUCUGACCACCCCAGCAUGCUUUCAGGUCAUCAUGGCGCGAUCGGCUCUCUAUCGGAUAUCGCUAAACAAAUAUGCCACCGACACGGAGAAAAGGUCGCUCGAGCUGGCCGUGAUGCGGCACAAGGGGGAGGCCCUGAAAAUGGUCCGUUUGUUGAGUGCGAGCUCGAGCCCCCAGCGCAAGGACGACCUCCUGGCGUCCAUCAUCAGCUUGGGGACCUUUGAUCGACGAUCUGGGUCGCAGGAAGCGGCGGGGAUGCAUUAUCAAGCGGUGAGAAAGAUUUUGAAGACGACGGGUGGUCCUCUCGCCGUCCAUUCUGUGCUGUUGUCACGCGUCAUGUGUUUCUUUGAGUGCAUCUACGGGACGAGCCCGGAAAGCUACAUCUGGGAUAAUUCAGAUCUCAAGAGGCUGGUGCGCAGCAUGAAUGGCUUCCUGCGGAAGCUGUGGGAGUUGUGGCAGUCGCUGUCGACCAUAAGCGCUCUGACGGCGCCUAGCUCGCGAGACGGUGCAACAGAGGCUGGAGCACGACGCAUACACUCCUUCGACCUCCAGGCGGGAUCGACCUUGCUUGGACUGGUGUCCAGGCAGCCUCCGCCCGGUGCCGAGCUCACUCAACCACGACGGCUCGAGCUCAUUUUCCAGCUCACUUGCCUUCUGACGCUCGGCAUGAUCACCGUGGACUUGGCCAGCGAUUUCCGGUCAUUACAGACGUACAUGGACAACCUGCACCGAUCCAUCGAAGAUCUGAGGCUUGUGGGGCAGAGCUGCAACAACGCCAUGUGGCAGAUUCAAGUCAACGACCACAGCGAAGCGCAUAGCCGGCGGAUAUGGCGGGCAGCGAGUUUUGCAUGGGUGAUGAAGCAUUGUUCGUACAACGUGCAGUUGUCGCUGAAGGAAUGGCUGCUGGCAUUUUUCACGGGCAAGCCGGUCGACCAACCGUACCACCUGGCCUCAUUUCAUUUCAGCUACGCGAGUUGA